AUGCAGGCUUUACGCGGAGAGGCCGGCGCGCAGCGCGGCCUAGCACGUCUCUGCAGAUGGCGGGCUGCGGGAGCACGCAAGAAAACGUUGAGACAGAUGCGUGACGCAGCGCGCAGGAGCGGUACCCCGCGACCGCGGUGCGUACCCGCGCCCCUCUGCCGCCUGCUUCCUGCCGCGCGAUACAUCUCACAGAACACAUCGAUAAUCGCGUGGUGCGCCGUGCGCGUUAGCGCGGGGCGGGCGCGGCGCGGCCCGGGCGCCAGUCGCUCGGAAGCAGGCGGGCGGCUCGCGUCGCCCUGCGCUCUAUUUGUGCAUUACUGCAACGCUGCGCUCGAAAACUCGCGACAAGGUGCUAGAGUAUUGAACGGACUCUUAUAG